AUGCCUUUUCAAGGGCUGUAUUCAGAAUUUGUCGAUUGCAAAGCACUUGAACGUUUAACUGCAGCAUCAAAGGAGGUUGGCCAACUGUUAACUUCUGAUGCAUCAGUCUUUACUCCUAAAACUGAUAUCAAGCAGAUUAAAGAAAUCCUUAGAAACAGUCAUUGGGGAGUCGAUCAUCCAAUUCGAAAAAACCUUUGGGAAGUUUUAUGCAAUAAUAUUUCUACAGAAGAUCAUUCUGAACUAUACUAUGAUGUUGAAAAAGAAUUAUUUGGAGAGACUUAUCUGCCUUCCAGUUUGCCAUCGUUUGUCGAUCCUGCAUAUUGCAUUCGAUAUUACCUGAAUGCUGAAGGUCGUAAAAGAGUAGAAAAAAUUCUUCAUGUUAUUCGCCACAUAAAACCUGACAUUACGUAUUGUCCUGUAAUUUAUCCAUUAGUUAGCCUUCUUUUGCAUUACAUGUCUGAUGGGAUGGCUUUUUCAUGUAUUUUGAAGCUUUUGGCUGAUAGGCAAAAUUAUAUUUCUCAAACCAAAUCAGAUCAUGCAUCAUCUGCAUAUUUAGUCAUGAAGCUUACCAAAAAAUAUGCUAGAAAUGCUUUUCUUCAGCUUGAGAAGGAACUCAAAGAACAUGAAGAUCUGGAAAGUAUGUUUCAAAAUUGGCUUUCUUGGAUUUUUAAGGGCUUACCAUUUUCAUACUUGAUUCGCAUUGUAGACUGCUUUUUAAUUGAAAAAAAGAAAACGCUGUAUCGAGCAGUGAUUGCUGUUCUAGUAUUGUACAGCAAGCAUGCUGAUAAAGAUAUUAAUGAAGAUUUAGGGGCAAUGCAGAAGCUACUGGAUUUCUCUCAAAACAUUCCAGUACCUGUUGAGAAAGUAUUUAAAGUUGCAUAUGGAAUAAGAGGAUUUAGUGAAAGGGUUAUGAAUCAACAGCUCCUGAAAGUCCAAAUGAUGUUGAAAAGUCAAUCAAACAUGAACAUGCGUUCUAUGUCUGCAGAUAGAUUGGAUCCAGCCGAUUCUAUUUAUCAUGUUGAAGUGAACUCUGCUGCUCAGCCAAUUGUUAGAGAACUGAGAUUAGACUCUUCAGCCAGAACAAGGUCAGUCGGCGUUGUUGCAUUAGGUAGCUUUAAAUCUGGUAUCAUAACAGCUGAACAGAUGAGUAUAAUCUGGGAAUGGCUACCUCUGAGAGUAUCAAUGCUGCAGCCAGAAGUAAUUUAUUCCUCAAAUGAGCAUGGAGUUUGUUUAACAGCCUUCUACAUGACUGUUGGCAAUUAUGAACCUACAGUUUUGGUUAUAAAAGCAAUGAAUGAUGAGAUAUUUGGAGCCUAUUGUUCAUCAUCGUGGAAUACUAGAAAUUCUUGUGAUUCUGAAAAUAAGAAGCAUUGUUAUUUUGGUUCGGGAGAAACAUUCCUUUUUACUCUUGUUCCUGAAGCACAAAAGUUUGCUUGGGUUGGCUGUACUAAUACUGAUGAUGUUCCACAUUCAGCACAGCUUUUCAUGGCUGCUGACAGUAACAUGAUCAAUGUUGGUGCUGGAAAUGGCCAAGGAAUUCUUUUAGAUGAUCAGCUUCUGCAUGGAAGAACAGACCGAUGUGACACUUUCAAUAACAAGCCUUUAUGUAGCAGUAAAGAUUUUCAGUGCAAAGUUGUUGAAGUGAUCGGAUUUAAGUAG